CGCUCCUCUCUUUACCGAAAGCCCAGAGCUCAUUCCUUUCCCUUUCCCGUGCAUGUUAGUAAAGCGGAGUAUGAAUUCUUUCGUGAAAUGGGCGCUCGCCGUCUUUGUCCUUGUCUCCAUCAUCCUCAACAUCGUCCUGUUAGGGAUCCACACCAAUAGCGCACCAAAAUGCUCCACGCAGCGUCUUCACCCGCUAAGGCGCACACACGAUGAGCGCAGCCUGGUGUUUGCUGAUCUCACUCGGGAGGAGUACUUGCAGGUACAGCAGUACUUGCUAAGGCAGAAGGACUUGGACAUAUCAACCAACCAGAUCACGAAGCCGUCAGAAAAUUUCUUGUUUUUAAUAGAGCUCUCGCUGCCCAAGAAGGCUGGCGCACUGGCUUACUUGGAUGGGAAAGGCGCAAAGCCCAGCCGAGAAGCGACGGCGGUGGUCUUUUACGGCAAAGAAGGUUACAUUAAGGAGUACAUAGUGGGGCCUCUUCCCAACCCAACAUACCACAGAGAUGUCACCAUGGAGCGGUACAAAACGGAGCUCCCUAUCAAUGCGCGCACGGUCACCAUUGGGGAAUACGUCAUGAUAUUUACAUUUAUUGAGGAGAUAUUCUCCAAGCUGGAGAAACUGAUGAAAGAGAGCUUCGACGUGGGUCCGGACAAGACGCUGAACGCGUUCGAGCAGAUGCCCCGCGGGGUCCAAUCCGGGGACAGAAAGACCUGGAUAUCUUUCUUUAGGGACAUGGAAGGUAUGUACAUCCACCCGGUGGGCUUUGAGGUGCUGCUUAACCACGAGAGCGUUAACGCGUCCGACUGGAAAGUGGAGCGGCUGCUUUACAACGGCCAAUAUUUCAACACCGUGGAGGAACUUAAACAGAAAUACGAUGCAGGUUCCGUUAAGAAAAUAGUUUACAAGGAGUCGCCUGACUAUGGGUCACAGAAACCCAGGAGCACGCCUCUGCAGAUCGGCCCGCAGCUCUUUUACCCAGAGGGGAAGCGCUACAGCAUCAGCCACAACCACGUAUUGUACUUGGACUGGAGCUUCGCCUUUGGACUCAGCUCUCUUACCGGCAUGAGAGUGUUCGAUGUGCGUUUCAAAGGCGAGAGGAUCAUGUACGAGCUGAGUGUACAGGAGGCCAUGUCCGUGUACGGUUCGGUGACUCCCGGAAUGAUCCUCACCAAGUUUCUGGACACGAGUAUCGGAAUAGGGCGCUUCGCGCAUGAACUGGUGCGCGGCGUGGAUUGUCCCUACGAGGCCACCUACGUAGACACGUACCGCUAUAUCGAUGUCCCGGCCCCGUGGAGGUUUAGGAACUCAAUCUGCGUGUUUGAGCACAACAUGGGUCAGCCCCUGCGGAGACACUUUUCGGACUUUUUCCACAACAGCUACGGGGGGAUGGUGAACAACGCCCUGAUCUUCAGGACCAUAACGGCCAUCGGGAACUAUGACUACAUGUGGGAUUUCAUCUUCUAUCAGAGUGGGUCAGUGGAGGCCAAGGUCCACGCCACCGGCUACAUCUCUUCUUCUUAUCUGGUGGACGGCAGCCUGAGGCACGGUCACCAGGUGGCGGAGAACGUGCUGGGGAACAUCCACACUCACUUUAUUAACUUUAAGGUGGACCUCGAUGUGCUGGGUGUGAAUAAUUAUUUCCAGACUAAAGACAUGGAGUAUGUCAAUGUGUCGCUGCCAUGGAUGCCCGAUCACUACUCUAUGGUCCCUCAGCUGGUGGAGAAGCAACUCACAACAGAACAGGAGGCCGCUUUGCGCUAUGACACCAAGACUCCUCGCUACCUCCACAUCGCCAGCAACAAGACCAACCGCUGGGGUCACCAGCGCUCCUACAGGCUGCAGGUGUUCAGCUUUACUGGAGAUCACCUCCCAGAGAGCCAGCCUGAGGAGAGGGCAAUGUCCUGGGCCAGAUAUAAGGUUGCAGUAACCAAACAUAAAGACUUGGAACAGACCAGCAGCAGCCUGUACAGUCAAAACAACAUCUGGUCGCCAUCUGUGGACUUCAGCAAGUACAUCGAAGACAACGAAAGCAUAGAAGACGAGGACUUGGUUGCCUGGGUGACCACUGGCUUCCUCCACAUCCCUCACUCCGAGGACAUCCCCAACACGGUAACCGUGGGCAACGGUGGCGGGGUCCUUCUGCGGCCACACAACUACUUUGACGAGGACCCGUCGAUUCACUCUACUGAUGGGGUCUACAUCACCCCAGGCAGCGAGGACAGUUGUGAAAACAAUAGGAUGGCCUGCCUUAAUCAAGACACAUGUAGUCCAGUCCUUGAACCCUUCACCUACCACGGUUUCGAAGGAGUCAUGAAGUUUAAGGAUUCAGUCUGAUUUGCUGUGCACUGCUGUUGUUACCCCUAAUCCUGUCAGAGAAAUGCUUGGGUUUAUUUAGCAAAACCAUCAAGAAACUUGUGUGAAUGCUAACGUGUUUAUAGAGAACAUUUGGAAUGGCACAUAUGUUGUGUGUUAAGUACAGCACAUUGUUAAGCUAGCUUAGCACAAAGCCUGUGCCUGUGUUGGUUAACUACACUUUUUUUAAACACUUUUGAAACGUGUCUAACACGUUUAUCAAGAGUUCAUUCUGGACACAAACACAAAUGUAAAAACGUAUGGUUCAUGGAUGAGACAUUUUCAAAAUGAUGAACAGCCGGACCCAGUUUACUAAACAGAACAUAUCUUACAGCCUACAUUCAGGAGGGAAUCAGCAAAUAUUUAUUACCAAAAUAUGUCAGACACAUAAGGAAUUUUAACUAGACUAGAAGACAGACAAAAAUACAACAUAGUGUGGAAGAAGAAUAAAAUAUAAUGCUAUGGGUUAGAAUAUGAGUCUAUGGGUUAGUUUACAAAUAAAGAAAUAAGAGUUAAAAGUUAAAAAUAAGUGCAAAUAAAUUCAAAUGAUUUUAUUUAGUCUACCCCAAAAUCACAAAUUACAAAUUUGCCUCAGAUGACUUUAACAUCUGUACACUGAAAGUGCAAGCUGGUUCCAGAAAAGAGGAGGUUAAUAACUGAAGGCUCUGGCUUCUAUUCUACUUUAUAAGACUGUUGGAACCACAAGUAACUCACAAUUUAUGGAACGCAGCUCUCUGGUAGGGCAAUGUGGUGGUAUAAGUUGCUUUAGAUAAUACGGUGCCUCACCACCAAGUUCUUUAGAGAUUUGGAGAAGUACCUUAAAUUCUAUUCUUGAUUUAACAAGAGCCAGUGGAGAGAAGCCAAUACAAUAUGAUCCAUUUUCUUAGUUCAAGUGCUGCAGCAUUUUGAAUCACCUGGAGAAGAUUAUAAGAGCAGACUCAUAAUAAAGGACAUUAAUCUAGCUUAGAAAUAACACAUUCAUGAACUAAUAUUUUUACAUCACUUUGAAACAGGAAGUGCCUGAUUGUUAUAUAUUAAACAGGUGCAAAAUAGCAGUCAUAUAUAAGGUAAAUACAAUUUGUGCAAGCACAGAAUCUUGUGGAAUUCCAGGACAACUGUUGGUAGUCAUCAAGGUUUCACUGUUUACAAUCCAAAACUGCAAUCGAUUUGAUAAAAACUCAAACCAGCUGAGGGCCGUUUCUUUAAGCCCAAAUCAAUUCUAGUCUGUGCAUGAGAAUGCAAUAAUCCAUGGUGUCAAAGGUAUAAAUCAUCAUUUUUACCAAUGCUGUCUCUGUGAUCUGAUGAUCUAAAUCCUGACUCAAAGUCUUCAAAUAAACCAUUGUUAGUGAAAAGAGUUUCAUGAGCCACAAAAGAUCUAUAGGUGCACCGUACCUACCAAAAAGAGAUUGGAAUCCACUCAUUUUUGUGAAGAAAGCAGAAAAUGCUGAACUCUUCUUUUGAAAUAAACACAUUUGAUACUUUGCCUUAAAAGUGAGCAGAGGGAAUUAAUGUUCCUCUGGAAAUUUACACUAAAGACGCAUUUAAACCCUAAAUCACAAUGCAAGAAUAUGUUUUACAAUAUGCACAAAUCUCUAUAAGCUGAGUCUAAUAGUGCAUUUACUUACAAGUUUGUCAUAUAAAACGUGCAGUGCCAUACAGAGCAUCUGUGGGAUGGUGAGAGCUUCGUGGUCCCAUUUGUCCCCUUCAAAAUUGCCCUCAUCACGUUUACAAUUGUUCACUCCUCAGUGCGCAGUUUGAUACCCUUUUUUGCAUUGAAUCUAAUUGGGAUGUUUACUCAAACUGAUUGGCUGGCCCUACCAAAACAAAAAUCCACCAGCCGCCACUGACAAAUAUUCUAUCUGAAAUAUUCAGUACUACUCUUACUACAAUAAAAAGUACUACUAGUAUUUCAACUUUUAUUAAUACUUCAACUACUACUAAUAUUACUACUACAAAUGAUAAUACUAUUACUUUCACUACUACUACAAAUACUACUGUGACUAAUGGUAUUAGUACUACAACUAAUAAUACUAGUACUACUAGUAA